AUGAGCAGCCCUGAUGCGGGCUACGCCAGCAGCGACGACCAGGCGCAGGGCCGGUGCUCGCUGCCCAUCAUGAUGCCGGCCAUGGGCCCUUGCCCGUGGGCAGAGGCAUUGAGCCCCUUGGGCGAGGCGAAGGCCAAGAGCGAAUCGGCGCCGUCGGGGCCGUCGGGCGGCCGAAGCAAAAGCGAAGCGCGAAUCCGGCGGCCCAUGAACGCCUUCAUGGUGUGGGCGAAGGACGAGCGCAAGCGGCUGGCGCAGCAGAACCCGGACCUGCACAACGCCGAGCUCAGCAAGAUGCUGGGUAAAUCGUGGAAGGCGCUGUCGCUGGCGGAGAAGCGGCCGUUCGUGGAGGAGGCGGAGCGGCUGCGGGUGCAGCACAUGCAGGACCACCCCAACUACAAGUACCGGCCGCGGCGGCGGAAGCAGGUGAAGCGCCUGAAGCGUGUGGAGAGCGGCUUCCUGCAGCACGGUCUGGCGGAGCCGGCGGGGCCCGGGCUGGCCAGCGAGGCCGGCGGCGGCGGCAGGAUGUGCGUGGAGAGCCUGGGUUUGCCUUACGGCGAUCAGAGCUACGCGGCGGCGGCGGCGGCGGCGUCGGCGCACUACCGGGACUGUCCGCCGCCGGGCGCCGGCUUCGACGGCUACGGGCUGCCGACACCGGACCCGUCGCCGCUGGACGCGGCGGAGAGCGAGGCGCCGUUCUUCACGGCGGGGCUGCAGGAGGAGUGCGCGUUAGGGCCCUACGGCUACGCCUCGCAUCCGGCGGCCGAGUACCCGCCGGCGGUGGCGGCCGAAAGCUCGGCGGGAGCCGCGCUGCGCCGGCACCUGCCACCCGGAGAGGCGCUGGGGCCAGGGCCCGGCUCACUUCAGGGGCUGCUGGGUUGCCCAACGCCGCUGCACGCCUACUACGGGCAGGCUUACCAGCCGCCUGGCCCGGGGCGCGGCCCGCCGCAGCCGCCGGGCCCGGUGGGUCAGCCGUCGCCGCCGCCGGAGCCGGGGUCGUGCCGGGAGCAGCUGGAGCACUUGCCACAGGAGGAGCUUCUAGGCGAGGUGGACCGCACCGAGUUCGAGCAGUACUUGCGCUUCGCCUGCAAGCCCGAACUGGGACUGCCCUUCGCGGGUCACGACGGCGCGGGGCUGGCGGCUCCCGAGGGCGCGGGACCCGUCUCCUCGGCCGUGUCGGACGCCAGCAGCGCCGUCUACUACUGCGGCUACCCCGACGUGUGA